AUGGCCGCGGCAGGCCUGGCUCUCGCGAAACACCAUCGCAAACCGGGAUCGUACAGACCGUCCAAGGUGUGCGUCGACCGCGUGGACGAGCAGGAUCGCUUCGAGAGACGGCUACGCCGAAAGACGCGGGAAGAGCUCAUCGACACGAUCCUGGGAGAACCGACGAUCGCGCGACAGCUCGCCAGAAGGGAGGCCGAGCACGGGCUCGACCGCGACGACGACCGCGACGACGACGACGACGGUGGCGAUUACCGCCGCGACAAGUACGACGAUCUGAGAAUCUUUCUCAUUCCCGUUAAGGAUCGCACGAGGGAGACGCUGCUGCCGCUGAUCAGACGGUGGAUCGUUCGGGGCACCACCGUGUACACCGACUGCUUCAAGCCGUACGACUGUCUGGACGACGAGGGCUACGUGCAUCGAUCGGUCAAUCACAAGGUCAACUUUGUCAGUCCUACCUCGGGUGCGCACACGCAGGGCAUAGAACGCGUCUGGAGGGAGGUUCGAGCCAACGUUCCCAAGUACGGGAUCAAACGGAGACACCUCGAGGGAUAUCUGGCCGAGUACAUGUUCAAGCGCGCCCAUCCUCGGGAGAGACGCAUCGAGGCCUUCUUCGACGCGAUCGCGCGAAAGUAUCCACCGCCCACCGGAACGACGACGACGACGACGACGACGCCAAGAACGACGAGACACGUACCCGCGAUACUGAGGAGAAACCGCCACCAACGCGGGGUGAAUCGACCGAUCGUCGAGGCGAGCGAACAAUCGCGCGGUCAGCCACGGGAUUCGCGCGGAGCUCGACGACUCUUCGCCAACUCGGAGAGUUCACCCUGA